UGCUUCUAAUUUUAUAUAGAAAUUUAGUGAAUUUUUAUUGAUCAUCAAGAAAAAUUAUAGUUGAUUUUUUUUUAUUAUUACUAUUAAUUAUUGUGAGUCAUUAUUGUACUAACCUUGAAGAUAAAUCAGUGACAAAAGUUAUAUUGACUGAAUAAGCAGCCAUUUUAAAAACAAAGUGCAUUUCAUUAUUAUUUUUUUGUUUUUUGACUAUAUGUAAUGUUAUAAAUAACUAUUAUUGAAAUUUUUUUAUUAAUAUUUAUUAUUACAUAAAAACAUUCAAAAAAUUUAAUUUAUUAUAAAUAUUAAAAUAUUUAUAAAAUAACUGUGAUAAAAUGUUGAUGUCCUUGAAUCAAAACGUUAAUCAUGGUCAUAAUAACACUGCGGUCCAAUGCAAUAUUGAUCAGCUUUUUGAUUGGAUUAGAAAAGUUCGAUCGAAGAAAAUGAAGAUGCUACGCAGGCGUCAGCGCAACAUCCGUAUUGAAGCAACACUUGGUCAUGCGCUGACUCAAGCUGAGCAAGAGCUAAAAAUAAAACAUAUGGCGAAGAUUGCAAAACUUCAAGAAAAGAGAAAAAGAAAACUCGCUGAGCAAGAAGUUAAUAAUAAUAAUUAUGACAGUGAGAAUGAGGAUAAUAAUAAUAAUUAUUACAAAAUAGCUACUCAAGAAUACAAGCCUGCCAACAAGAAAGCUGCUAUGUUCUAUCCAGAGUUGAGCAGCUUGGAUGCAUUUAUGGCGGAGCUGAGCGUUAUUAAAACUCCAGUAGUACGUUGAAGCGGCCGUGAAACGUCGCUAGAAACUAAUCGACGAUGAGAAUUUAAUCUGAUAAUUGACAAUGAAAAUUAUUUCUGCAAAUGUAAUUUUCAAUAUUAUCUUAUUCAAUUAUCAAAAUAAUUCAUCUCUGAUGAAAGACUGCGCUCCUGGGACAUCAUCUCGUCAUCAAUAUUUUAUUGGAAAAAUAAAACAUUACUUGUGCUAUUUAUAUUUGAUCAAUGAUGAUUGGUCAUCUACACUGGAAAUCUACAUCAUUAUCUUUAGUGUAUAUCGAGUGUUUUUUAA